AUGGCUGACAUUGGACUUGAGGUGAUUGUUGAAAUUGGAAUUGAAGUAACUCCUGAAACUGUAAUUGACAUAUCUGCUGGUGUUGUUCUUGGACUUGGGGUGACUACUGGUGUUACCCUUGGUCUUGGGGUGCCUGCUGGUGUUGCUCUUGAUGCAGUGACUGAAGUGAAGACAGACAUCUAUGUGACCAGUUUUGGCCCUGUGUCAGACACUGACAUGGAAUAUACUAUUGAUGUAUUUUUUAGACAGACAUGGCAUGAUGAAAGACUGAAAUUUGAUGGGCCCAUGAAGAUCCUUCCACUGAACAAUCUUCUGGCUAGUAAGAUAUGGACUCCUGACACUUUCUUCCACAAUGGCAAGAAAUCAGUGGCUCACAAUAUGACCACACCCAACAAACUGCUUAGACUGGUAGACAAUGGAACCCUCCUCUAUACAAUGAGGUUAACAAUACAUGCUGAAUGUCCUAUGCAUUUGGAAGAUUUCCCCAUGGAUGUGCAUGCCUGCCCACUGAAGUUUGGAAGCUACGCCUAUACCAAAGCUGAAGUGAUUUAUUCUUGGACUCUUGGGAAGAACAAAUCUGUGGAAGUAGCACAGGAUGGCUCUCGCCUGAAUCAAUAUGACUUGCUUGGCCAUGUUGUUGGAACAGAGAUAAUCCGCUCUAGUACAGGAGAAUAUGUCGUCAUGACAACCCACUUUCAUCUGAAGAGAAAAAUUGGCUACUUUGUCAUCCAGACCUACUUGCCAUGUAUCAUGACUGUCAUUCUGUCACAAGUGUCUUUCUGGCUUAAUAGAGAAUCUGUCCCUGCCCGCACAGUCUUUGGUGUCACCACUGUUCUCACUAUGACCACCUUGAGUAUCAGUGCUAGAAAUUCCUUACCUAAAGUGGCAUACGCGACGGCCAUGGACUGGUUCAUAGCCGUCUGUUAUGCCUUUGUAUUUUCUGCACUGAUUGAAUUUGCCACUGUCAACUACUUCACUAAGCGAAGUUGGGCUUGGGAAGGCAAGAAGGUACCAGAAGCCCUGGAGAUGAAGAGGAAAACACCAGCAGCCCCAACAAAGAAAACAAGCACCACUUUCAACAUUGUGGGAACCACCUAUCCUCUGAACCUGGGCAAGGAUGCUGAGUUCUCCACCAUCUCCAAGGGUGUCGCUCCCAGUGCUUCUUCAACUCCAACGGUCAUUGCUUCACCCAAGGCCACUUAUGUGCAGGACAGCCCUGCUGAGACCAAGACCUACAACAGUGUCAGCAAGGUUGACAAAAUUUCCCGCAUCAUCUUUCCUGUGCUCUUUGCCAUAUUCAAUCUUGUAUAUUGCUACACAUAUGUGAACCGGGAAUCGGCUAUCAAGGGCAUGAUCCGCAAACAGUAG